UUCUAACCUCACAAUUAAAUUCAAAACAAAAUCAAUAAUUUCGUGUUGGGAGGGGUCACAUGUACAUAAGUCCAAUUGUCUCCAAUAGGUCUUAGAAGUCAGGUGUCCGGAUUGGCAGAUAACGUGUGUUGAAUAAUAAUUGAAAUAAUUAGUGUUUAAUUGUGGAAAAAUAAAAGUCCAACACAGUUGUAUUAAAAAUGAUCUUUAUUAUAUUUUUGCCUGUGUUAAUAAUAACUUUCAUUAUAAAAUUCUUCAGUGAAAGAAGAACUAUCAAGAGGGAUUUGACUGGUAAACAUGUAUGCAUUACUGGUGGUUCCAGUGGGAUUGGAAAGGCAAUUGGAAUGCAGGCUGCACAAAAGGGUGCUCAUGUUACAAUCAUUGCAAGGAAUCAGGAGAGGCUACAGUUAGCAAUACAAGAGAUUGAAAGUUAUAAAAUAAAUUCACAACAGAAAUUCCAAGCUGUAAGUGUUGAUUGUGCUAUUUGGGAUACAGUGUCUGAGAAGAUUGAUACCAUUGAUAAAGAGCUUCCAAUAUACAUGUUUGUAAAUUGUGUGGGAAUGGCCAUUUGUGGAAAGCUAGAAGAUUUAUCACCAAAUGAUAUUAAAACUAUGAUUGAUGUAAAUUUAUAUGGUGUCAUCUAUCCAACAAGGGCCAUUGUUCCAAAAAUGAAAAGCAGGAAUGAUGGUGUUAUUGUAAUCACUGGAUCACAGGGUGGUUUGUGUGGAAUAUUUGGAUAUACUGUAUAUGCUUGUACUAAAUUUGCAUUAAGGGGUUUGUCAGAGGCACUGCAUAUGGAAGUUAGAGAUCACAAUAUUUCAAUAACUUUAGCACUACCAGCAGAUACAAACACACCAGGUUUUGAGAUAGAGAAUGAAUCAAAGCCACUGGAAACUCAACUCAUAUCCGAAUCAGCGGGCUUGUACAAACCUGAAGAUGUAGCCAAAAAUAUAAUCAAAGACUCUUUGAAGGGACGUUUCUUUAGUACCAUCGGAAUGGAAAGCUGGAUUCUAACGACUCUUUGCGUAGGAAUGUCUCCUUUCACUUAUGUCUUUGAUUUGAUACUGGAAGCACUAUUACUUAGUCCUCUGAGACUGAUCUCAGCUUACUACUUAAGAUCAUUCCAAAAAACGGUUACCAAAUGUUCGAGGAAGAAUGAGUAAACUGUUUAUUUUCUGCUUGUAUAUUUUAAAUAUGAUUUAUAGAAAAUAAAGAGGAAA